AUGGAAGAAUUUGAUCGAUUAAACGUUCUUUCACAAAAAAUUACUACAAUUAAAGAGCAUUUAACUUCUUUUGAAGAAUUUCUUGCACAUUUUGAUGCUCAUAAUAUUAAUCCUGCUCAAUUCGCUGAAUCACAGUUACGACAUAAUUUGGUAUUUUCUUAUUUCUCUAAUAUUGACGAUCUUUACAAUGAGAUCCAAUUAAUCGACACAGAAACAAAUCACACCAGUGAUAAAAGAUCUUUACAAGAAUCAUUUUUUAAAUUGAUGGCUUUAGCUCAAAGUUACAUUUCAGUUAUUGUUCAAAAGGAUAAUAUCAAUAAUCAUGAAUUAAAUUCUAAUUCCGAAAACGGACGUAUAUCAAACGCGUCAAGCAAUUAUAAAAGGCUAAAACUUCCACAAGCAGUUCUUCCCACUUUUAGUGGAAAGAUAGAAGAAUGGCUAUCUUUCAAAGACACAUUCACUACUAUGAUUCAUAAACGUGAUGAUAUUACCAAUGUCGAAAAAUUACAAUAUUUAAAAUCGGUUCUUAAAGAUGAAGCGUUACGUAAAGUUCAAGUUUUUUCAUUUACAGAAGAAAAUUAUGAACGUGCUUGGAAGCUUUUGCAAAAAUCGUACGAAGAUAAGCGCACAUUAAUUUCUCAACAUUUAAAUUUAUUAUUGCGGUUGCCAUCACAAGAUAAAGAAUCUUAUCAAGGUUUAAUCGCGCUUGCAGAUGAAUCACAACAACAUCUUCAGUCCUUAGAGUCUCUCGGGGUUAAUGUAACACACGAAAUAGUAGUCGCUAUUAUAGAAGAAAAACUCCACAAAUCAACAUUAGAAAAAUGGGACGAAAGCAUAAAAAACGGGGAAUUUCCUCGUUUAGAGGAUAUGACGGAUUUCUUGUAUAGAACUGCGGCGCGUAUUUCCAAACGUAAAUUAAAUAACGAUAAUACAGAUAAAGAUUCUUCUUCUAAUAAAAAACGUAAACUUGAAUCCAAAAAAUUAGCUCUUGUUACAUCGACUUCCUCAAAACAAUGUCCACUUUGCAAAGAAUCUCAUCCUUUGUUUAAAUGUAACAAAUUUUUAAAUUUGACACCUAAUGAACGCUUCAAGGUCGUAAAAGAGGCUAAAUUGUGUGUUAAUUGUUUACGCAACCAUAAAGCUAAAGAUUGUAAAUUUGGAUCUUGUAAAAAAUGUAAUAACCGACACAAUACAUUGCUACAUUUUACAAAAUCUGAUGAAAAUCAAAAUCUAAGCGAAACAAAGGAAGCAUGA